AUGGCGGAAGAUGACGCGGGCAAGGAGACAGAGGUGGAGAGGCACUUAGCUGAGAUGGCAGAGGCAGCAGAGCAGGGCGGAAGGCUGGACGUGGCGGACGGCCCACAGGCGGACGAGAGUUGCGCGCGCGGUUCUGAUUUGCGCAGCUCGCAGCCGCACGAUACAGAAGCGGCGGACACUGUAGACGCGCGCACUGCUGACGCGCGAUGCUUAGAAGCACAGGACGCUGAAGCGAGCGAUGCUGAGAUGAACGCGAGGGAUGGAGCGGACGUGGUAGCUGGGGACGAGCAGCGAGACGAGCAGCGAGCGUGCGACGAGAACGACACGGACGGAACGAUCAGCCGUCGCACGCGCGCGCGAGUGUCGCUGGCGCAGACCCCGAUAGAAGAGCUCGAGGUGAUGCUCGCGCGGGUGGCGCGAGACGCGGAGGAGGAUGAGGAAGAGGAGGAGUUUUUGUUUCAUGCGGAGGAGGAAGAGGAGGAGUACGAGCGGUUCCUGUCCGCCGUGCUGUUCCCCGACUCGCCUUGCGCUAGUGACCACGAGGGGGAGGAGGGGGAGGGGGAAGGGGAGGGGGAGGGGGAGGGAGAAGGAGAGGAGGGGGAAGAGAGGGGGGGGGGGGAGGGGAGGGAGGUAAGGGAGGGAGGGGAGGGAGAGGAGGCGGCGCAUGAAGCAGCGGCAGACGGGCACGAGGACGCUGCGUCUCGCCUCCACCAGCCGCCCUCCGCUGCUCCUGCUGUUCCUGAGAGUAACGCGCACGAGCCAGCCAAUGAGCAGCUGCCACCUGUCCAGGGUGUGGGCGAGCGGGGAAAGGGAGGGGCGGUGGAAAUGCACAGCGAGGGGGUGGGAGUGGGAGUGGGGGUGCGGAGGUCAAAACGGACCACUGCUGGGGUCUCGAGGAGGAGAGGCAAGGGGAGGGAGGCAGCGAGGAAGGGCAGGAAUGGAGAGGGGGAGGAGGAGGGGGAGGUGGAGGCGGGAGGAUCCAAGAGGAGACGCAAGGCUAAGAAGGGACGAGGCGAGGCAGUGAAAGGAGGGGGUGGGGUGAUGGGGGAUGGACGAGGGGCGAGGGAAGAGACGGCAGCGUGCAGAGGUGGCCGCGACAGUUCAGAAGCAGGAGGCGGCAAUGAGGGUGUGUCUCCUGCCGCUGCUGAUCCACAUGCCUUGGUUUCUUCUGCUCAUGGCUCGGAUGGUGCUGAUGGUGCUGCGCAUGGUGCAUCGACCUUUUCACCCCCAUCAGGCAGCCCUGGGGGGCGCGCCCAGCUGGCGGCGCUGCUGGCGUGUCACGUGCAGCUGGCAGUGCAGGUGUACGCGGUGUGUGUGCUGGACCCCUCUCGCUGCCAGGUGGCAACGGUGCUCAGGGGCUUGCUGGCUCAGCUGGCGCAGUGGGGGGGAGGUGCUACUGGAGAAGGUGAUAUUGCUGGGGUAGCUCCUGGCUCUGCCGCUGCCAUAGCUCCCACUGCUACUGCCACUGCUGCUGCUGCCACUGCCACUGCCACUGCCACUGCCACUGCCACUGCCACUGCCACUGCCACUGCCACUGCCACUGCCACUGCCACUGCUGCAAGCAGCCACGGAGCAGCAAGGCCAGCAGCGCGGCUGGCAGAUUGGAUUCCCAGCCUGGCUCUUCUUCCUUCGUUCCUGCUCGCCAUCGACAAAGGAGGAGGGGAUGGGGGAGAGGAGACACUCGGGGAAGGAGUUGUAGAGGAGCUGUUGAGGAGAGGGGGGAGUGGGGGUGACGUGGGAAAUGGUAGGAAUGGUGGAGCAGAGCCGAUGGCAAAAAGGGGUGAAGGACGGGGAAAAGGUGAGAGUGGUGGGAAAGAGUUGAAAGAGGUGGGGGAGGGGAGGGAGGUGGGGAAGGAGAGAGAGGUGCGGGAGUGGAUGGAAGCACAGGGCGUGUCAAACGAGAGGGUGGAGGGGGGAGAUGGGGAGAGGACAGAAAGGGUGCAAUUAGAGGAUGGCGAGAGGGAGGUGCGGCAGCAGCGAGAUGCAGUGGGUGGUGAUAGUGAUGGUGCUGUGCAGCGGCAGCGAGAUGACAAGGCAACAGCAGCAGCAGGAGCAACAGCAGCAGCAGCAACAGCAGCAGCAACAGCAGCAGCAGCAACAGGAGCAGCAGCAGCAGCAACAGCAGCAGCAACAGCAGCAGCAGCAACAGGAGCAGCAACAGCAGCAGCAGCAGAAGCAGCAGGAGCAGCAGCAGCAGCAGCAACAGCAGCAGCAGCAGCAGCAGCAGCAGCAGCAGCAGCAGCAGCAGCAGCAGCAGCAGCAGCAGCAGCAGCAGCAGCAGCAGCAGCAGCAGCAGCAGCAGCAGCAGCAGCAGCAGCAGCAGCAGCAGCAGCAGCAGCAGCAGCAGCAGCAGCAGCAGCAGCAGCAGCAGCAGCAGCAGCAGCAGCAGCAGCAGCAGCAGCAGCAGCAGCAGCAGCAGCAGCAGCAGCAGCAGCAACAGGAGCAGCAGCAGCAGCAGCAACAGCAGCAGCAGCAGCGGGUGGGAGGGACGUUGCUUGUGGGCGCCGAGUGGAGAAGGAGGGCGAGCAGGGGCGAGGAGGGCAGGACGAGAAGGAAGGGGAAGAUGAAGGGGAGGAAGGCGGACGGGAGGAGGUGGAGGAAACGACGGUGUGGAGGGAGGCGGAGGAGGAGGAGGAGGGGCGGAGGGCGGGGGUGGGCGAGGUGGUGCGGGUGCGGGGCGAGGUGGCUGCAGCACUGCAGCCGCUGGCAGGCGUGUUUGAUGCGUCGCUCUUCCCCGUGGUGCGCCCGCCCCUGCUGCACCGCACCAUCUUCUCCCCCGCUGAGGACUGGUGCAUACAUACAUACAUGGAUAUAUCUGGCAAGCCAUGCGGCUGGCGUCUCAGCAGCAUCCAAUCCUCCCUAUGCCCGUCACACCCUCGCCUCCCGCCCAUCCGGCGCCGUCCAUACCAGCUUGCUGCGCAUGGGCGUGGAGGAGCUACGAACAGACUGGGAGGCCAUUGCAGCAGCGACCAUUCCUCCCCUCUGCCCCUCACUCUCUCCCCGCCCAUCCCCAUGCCCCUCCGUGCCAGCCUGCUGGCGAUGGGCGUGGAGCAUCUGGGCACGGACUGGGAGGCCAUUCACCGCCGCUUCCUGCCCGGCAAGACUCCGCACCAGAUCUCCAUCCGGUGGAAGAACCGGUGCUCCUCACGCGUGCCUGACAACCCCAUUAAGGCGCUGAACGCAUGGAAGCUGGACUGGCACGCCAUGAGCCGUGCCGUGAUGCCCCACCGCGACCCCACCCAGCUGCGCCGCCUCUUCUCCGAUGCUCUUGCUGCCCGCCGCCUCGCGCUUAGGCAGCAGCAACGAGAGCAGGAGGAGCAAAUGCAGAGAGAAGAGCAGAUGGAGAGAGAAAGGGAGUGGAUGGAGAGUCAACAGUUGCUGCAGAGAGAGCGAGAAUUGCAGAGAGAGCAAGCAGUGCAAAGAGAGCAAGAGGAGCAAAGAGAGCAUGAGUUGCAGGAGGAACAGAGGCGGGUGAAUGAGGAGAUUAGGGAGGAGGAGCAGAGGCAACUGGAGGGGGUUGGUCGGUUCUCAGGUGAAGGGCAUGGAGGUGACGAGAGAGGGGGCGAGAAGGGCGAGGGGGUGGCGAGUAUGGGGAGGAGCAGAGGGCAGGAGCAUGAGGAAGCAGGAGGAGAGCAGAAUGCAGGCAAAUGGUGUGAGGAGGUUCAUGCCAGGGAGCAGGCAGCAUGGCAGCAUGGCCCACGUGGCGACACAAGAGCUGACGUGGCGGUCAGUGGUGCCACGUCAGCUGUCAUCAUACCAAAUACUACCACCACACCAGAUGAUCCCACACCAGAUGAAAUCGCAGCGCACAGGAACAGAAGCAGCAGCAUAGGUGGCGGCACAGGUGACAGCACAGGUGGCAGCAGAAAAGGCGCUGCAGCAUGCCACGUGGCAUUCCAACAGCUCUUUCCCAACCGCCUGCAUCUGCUGCAGCCGGCCUUGCAGUCGCGCCCUCCCCAGGUGCCACCUGCCCGCCCUGACACUGUAGCGAAUGUGGGAUCGGUGCUGAGUCAGCCGCUCCUGAUGCUGACGCAGCGAGCUUCAGAAGGAGGGAGGAUGGAAGGGCCAAGACCGGCCAAUGGGGAGGUGGCAUCCGGGGAAAGUGUAUGUGGUGGGGGAGAGGUGAGGGAAAGAGAGGUGAGUGGAGAAGAGGUGAGCGGAAGAGGAGCAUCUGUGGCGGACGGCAAGGAAGGGGCUGUAGGAGGGGCUAGCAUGCUUCUGAGAUGGUCCCUGCUGCAACCGACAGUGCCACAGCCAGCAGUGGUACAAGCAAGGCCCUUGCAGCCAAUCUCUGAGGGUGCAGGAAGAGAGGGGCAGAGAGAAGAGGAGGCGGUGCAGGAGGAGCAAGGAGGGGCUGAGAACGAGGUGGAAGCAGACGCGGGAGGAGGGGAGCCACAGCAGCAGCUAAUGCAGCAGCAGCAGCAGCAGCAGCAGCAGCAUUCACAGCAGCAGCAGCCGUUUGUUCAGUUUCGCGAGCUGCUGCUGCGGGAAGUUGUGAUGGGGACGAGUGGGGCUGGGCUCAUGGCGCCUGCUGUGACUCUGUCCAAUGUGACUGUAGCCAAUGUGACUGUAGCCAAUGUGACUGUAGCCAAUGUGACUGUAGCCAAUGUGACUGUAGCCGAUGUGACUGUAGCCGAUGUGACUGCAUUGCCCGAGGCAGCAGCACCCGCGGGAGGAGGGAGGGCAGCAAGAGACAGUGUAAUAGGGGAAGAGGAAGCGUGUGCUGCUACAGCUGAGUACAGCAGCCAGCGGGUGCAGCGGGGUCGACCGCCCAUCAGGCAUGCCUCUCCCCCAUUGCCCACCGCCCUCCAUCACUUCCCUCCCGUGCUUCCCUCUCACCAUCGCCUACAUCACCUCUUUCCUCCUGCCCCUGCCCACCAUCCCCUCCCUCCUCUGCGUCUUCUCUGCCCUCCCAUCCCGCUCCAUCCCCACCACACUCUCCUCCUCCACCUCAACCUCCCUCACCUCCCCCUCCCUUACCUCCCCCUCCCUCACCUCCCCCUCCCUCACCUCUCCCUCCCACUCCUCCCGCAUCUGCCUCAAACGAUCCGCCCCCCACCAUCUUCAUCCGGGCAGCCUUUCUCUCCUCGCAACCUCUCUCGUCACAGCCCCUCCCUGCUCAACUCCCUCCCCCUUCCACCUCACCACCACCACUACCAUCACCACUACCAUCACCUCCUCUUCUUCCUGUUCUCCUCUCUCCUACCAACUCAAAUCCACCUCCCCCAGGUGAACCUUCCACUCGCCCAUCGCAGUCAGCCCCUCCCUCAGAUGCACCUCUUCUGGCUGGUCCUGGCCUUGCUCCCUCUGCACUGCUCGCAGCCCUCUCUCCCCCGCUUUCUACCACCUCUGUCCCUGCACAGCCAAUGCCCGCCCUGCCCACAGCUGCAGCAAUGGACGUGCCUGCAGCAGCACUAG